AUGGCGAUUGCUCAGCUCUGGGAGUGGAAGCUGGAGCGGCUGGGUCUCAGAGGAUCAAGGGCAAGGCCGGUGAUCAUCUUUGGCGCCGACUUCGCACACAAAGACGGCUGCACCGUCUUCGAGAAAAAGUUGUUGAUGGCUCGGCUCAUGUUGGGCCUGGAACCUGGCAGAGACUUCCAGAUUCUAUGCUCUCAGAAUUCGACCUACUAUGACAAGACGGUUCAUCCGCUGGCUGAAUCGCUUUGGGAUCGCCGAGAAGCUUCCUUGGCAGUGCCCGCCGAGGAGAUCAGUCGGCUCUCACGAAGGGGCGGCAAGCCGGAGGGAGAAGAGCCGGAGCUCGAUCUUUACAUCAUCGCACCUGGACGCGGUCACUUAGGCGAUCUGUUCUCUGCAGUUGAGACUCGCUAUCCAGAUGCCUUCGAAAGACUCUGCAAACGAGCCCACGUGGUGAUGUAUACUGGCUCUUUCAAUACCACCGGCAUGGAGUCCAGGGACUUGGACUACGUCUGCAGGAUCGCGCAGUCCACGCCUUUAAUCGACAUCUCGAAGUUUGUUUUCUUCGGCAAAGCUGACGCUGAUCCGGUCACGGCCAGUGCAGACAGCUUCGCCUCACCGACACUGGCAGAGAGCUUAUCAGAGGCUUCACCGCUCCUUGCAGCAGCGAUCUUCGUCUUUGCAGAGGAGUUCCAGGGCAACCUCAUCCGGCCCGAGAAGUGGUCUCUCUUCCGGGGCAACACCUUGACAGAGGAGGAGCAGAGUCGAUUCAGGGAGAUUGUACCCCUGGCCAACGACCCCCGCGGACUUCAGAAAUACGCAGAAACCCUCAUGAAAGACGAGGGGAUCUUUGAGAAGGUUGCAAGCUACAAGCAGAGUACGGUCAAAGCUUUUGCGCUUGGCACCUGUGAUGCUCCACUCUGCGACGAAGUCUGUUUCCUUUUCGAGUGGUGCCUGGCCAACAGCCCGGAGGCUUUAGUGGAAGCAGCUGGCGAUGGGGGAGAGUGGUGGAUUGAUCCCGACAAUGGCUUCUCAGGCGUUGUGACCAAAGACCGCCCAGCACCAGAGAAAGCGCGAUGCUUGGGUGCGCGAGCACUGCAGCCGUCGAUGAAGGAUCCAAAGGAUCAGGUCAUUCUGCAGACAAUGCGGAAAGUCUUGGAGGAGUAUGUGCUGAGACACAUGGCCAGCCACCACUGUCGGAGCGACCCCUAA